AUGGUCUGGCACUUUGUGGUGGCUGUGGGCUGGCAGCUGCUGCAGACGCUGGAGCUUUGCCAGGGUGCCCGAGCACGAAUUAUCUCCGUGUGCAACCAGGGAGCCAGCCUGGUUUGGUGUGAGGAGAGGCCUCCCCUGGAUGCCCACUCAGACAUGAGCAAGUGUGCCUUCAGGUUCUGUGUCUGCACCCGGGCUCUGGAGGUAGGGGAGCAAGGCAUGCGGCUGGGCACCGUACGGAUAGUCCUGCACAACAGCCCUGAGUACCAGGUCCUGGCCUCCCCCCAGCACGUCUUCCUGGUGCCUGCUGCUGCCGGCUUUGCCACCACUUCCAAAUUCCUCCUCAUCUGGCAUCCUGAGAAGUCAAAGCUCACUAUCACAGCCCCCUCGGUAGGUUUCGUCCACAGCAAGGCAUUGCGCUCCAGCAGUGAGUCAGACUUCAGGAAGCUCCUGCUUGGUUCUGUGGGUCUUCUUUCAGGUUUGGUACCUCUGGACAUUCACACCUCUGCUGUGUCCAGCGGUGGAGGUCUGCUGCUGGUGAGCACAAAAGGUGCUGUGAACAUGGUGGAGCCAGAUGGGACCCAAAGGCAUAUCUUUGACCUGGAGGGGGGACCCCAGGCCCAAAGAAGUCCUGUCCAGCUGAAGAGCUUUGGCAGCAUCCUGGCCUGCAUGCUGGCUGGGGUCCUGUAUCUCGUUGACCAGAACAGCGGAAGGCUCAUAGAAAAGAAAGUCCUGAGCAUGAAAGAGGUGCAUUUGCUGAAGUCCCCGGGAGAGGAGGACAGCAUCCAGCUCCUCACUCAAACAGGCAUCUACAGCUUUAGCUUCUCCAAACCUGAGGACAGCAGCAGACCUGAGCCUUGCCUGGUGGAGAUGGUGUUCGAGGAGGCCUGCAGAUACUACCAGAGGAGGAGCCUCAGCAGCUCCAAGCUGACGGUGGAGAAGGUGAAGAAAGGUGGUGUGUUCCAGGCCCCUGUGGCCCUUGCUGCCAUCCUGCAGCACAGUCUCCACCAGAAGCAGAAGCCAGCCCGAGGCCUCCAAGACACUUAUGCCAAGCUGUUGAGCACAAUGAGCCUGGAGCUGCAGAGCUACAUGAGCCUAGAGCUCCUCAAGACCUGUGUGGUGUGUGCCCCAGAGAGUGAGGUGGAAAGCUACUGUGAGGAACUGGUGGAGCAAGAGGUCAGCCGCGUUCUGCACUCUGACAUGGAUAAGGACAACUUGGCCUACCUGAACUCCGUCUUUGCCUCUUUCCCCAAGGCUGCCUGGAAGGCCACGAGGAGCUGCCUGCAGCUGCAGCAGAAUGGGGAUGGUCUCUUGGUAGCCAGGGCCACCCCGGAGGUAUGGAAGAAGGUCCUGGGAGGGCCACAGCAGGAGGAGGUGGGUCAGAAUGGGGUGGUCCCGCUCUUUGAGCUCAUCUGCGCCUCCUUCCUGAGGUUCAAACCUAAGUGGCUGCCCAGUUUUGUGGAGCUGACCCAGCAGUAUGUCAGCAUCUCUUGGGCAUACAGCAGCAAGGAGGGCCCAGAGGGCCGGGUGCCGCUGUACAAGAGAGCACUGGGAGUACUGGCCAGGAAGAACAAGCGCAGUGAGGCAGAUGAUGAGAUGGAGCUCGAACUGUUGCUCUGCAGCAAGAGGCCUAAGGCCGUGCUGCAAGCUCUGCACCUUCUCCUCCGCCUGAAGCGGUGGCAGCGGGUGGUGGAGGUGGCGGAGAAGUUCUGCAAGCUUAGCCCCUUGCUGAACAAGGAGAUAUUCACCACGCUCCUGGCAGAGUUUGCCCAGCACCGGGAGCUGGACCCUUAUCUGGACACGCUGUGGUCACUGUGCCCUGCUGAGCUCACCGCCUCGGACAUCCUCACCGUCGUCCUGCAGCACCUCCCUCGCUCCCAGGAGGAACCAGUGCCCUUUUCCAGCGAGGGGAACCAGCUGACUAUAGGCUUGCUCAAGCCGCUGCUGCAAAGGGUCGUGCAGCAUCCCUGCGUCCAGGACGAGAUGUACUCGGAUGCCUUGCAGAGCCCCACCUUCCCCCCUCCUACCCCACCUCGAGAGCACAAGAUCUUCUCAAAAGCCGUGGCUGAUGAUGCCCCUCAGCUACCCAUGGCAAGGACUUCCUCCCCCUCGCCACUGGUACAGGGUGACACUGCGUAA